UUCACUUUCCUCAAAGCUACCAUGGAGGAACUAUGUAAAGCUGUUCUUAUAGGUGGAGGAGGAGUCGCUGCUGUGGUUCUGACUCCUGCUGUUAUCGCUGCACUGGGUUUCUCUGCAACUGGAAUAGUAGCAGGAUCCAUUGCUGCAAAACUGAUGGCAUUACUCUCAGGAGGAUGGCCCGGUUUAAUAGCAUUACUACAAUCUUUUGGCGCGGUUGGUUUUUCUUGGAGUGGCUUCACACUUACUUUUGCUACUGGAGGCGCUUUGGGAAACAUGAUAUCCGGCAUCUGCAACCAAACUAGAGCUCCAUGAAGAAUGAUUUUCUGCCUUAGGCUGCCCCAGCUCCAUCUAUUGAUAUUAAUGUUAAAUUGGUAACACUAUACUACCUUCUUCCCAUUCACACAGUGUUGGCGGCUCCACUUCUGAACACUGUUGCUAACCUGGAGCAUGUGGGGUUCAGUGUCUUACCCGAUGACACUGACACAUGCAAAGGCUCUGCAUGCAGUCGUAAUGUAAACAAGUGAAUGUUCUUUCCAGAAUUUUCUGAAUAUAAUCCUGAUAUUGUUUGGAAUUUUCUGACUUUCUGAACAAAAUAAAAGGAGAACAAACA